UGACCAGAGCUCCAGUUGUGAACAUGGUAGCCUUCAAAGUUGUCUCUCUCCUUCUGAUCUCUCUCAGUUUUGUGCUGAUGGAAGAAAAUGGCAUCAGGGAAAAUCUAAGAAACUCCACAUUUCUGCAAAGGCGGUAUUCUGAGGGUACUUUGGCAAGUGAUUACAGUCGAACUUUGGACAACAUGCUGAAGAAGAAUUUUGUGGAGUGGCUCUUGAAUCAUAGGGAGAACAAGAAUGAAAACAAACUUGAACUAUCCAAGAGAGAAACUGAUAUCACAAUGUCAGAUGAAAGGAAUCAAGGCAAUGAAGCUGGAAGAACUCAGGAAGCAAAGGACUAUGUUGGAUGGCUUUUGCAAAUCAUAGGAAAGCAGAGACUUUCCUUUCUAAUGGAUUCAGAUGAAUGGAAGAACAACCAGAGGCAAGAAUUUUUGGCGUGGCUGAUUUUUGCUGACCUCUGUAAGCUAGUGAUUCCAUAGAUUCCUAAAGAAAAAAGCUGGAUCUACCUUUCCUUUCUCAACUUGAACUUUCCAUUUUGUACCCUUUAUUAAUGACUUUGUCAUUACCGACACUGACAAUAAAUGAUUUAUUCUCAAGUCAA